GCAGAACGGCGGCGGCGGCCGCCAUGGCGGUGUGCGCCCGGCUGUGCGGCGUGGGCCCGGCGCGGGGCUGCCGCCGGCGGGGGGCGGCGCGGGAGCAGCGGCGGGGAGGGGACGGCGACAGCGAGCCCGACACCGACACGGAGCCCGAGGAGGCCGCCGGUGCGGCGGAGGACGAGGAGACGGAGCGCAUCGAGGGCUCGAGGCCUUCGCCGGGCCCCGUCGAGGCGGGCCGGCCCCCGCUGUCGCUGCUGGAGCUGCCCCCGGAGCUCCUGGUGCAGAUCUUCGGCUCGCUGCCCGGUACCGACCUGCCCAGCCUGGCCCGGGUCUGCACCACCUUCCGCCGCAUCCUCCGCACCGACACCAUCUGGCGGCGGCGCUGCCGGGAAGAAUACGGCGUCUGUGAGAACCUGCGGAAGUUGGAGAUCACCGGAGUGUCCUGUCGAGAUGUGUAUGCCAAACGUAUAAACCCACGAGUGAAGUCGGGGCGUUUUAUGAAAAUCCUUCCCGACUACGAGCACAUGGAGUACAGAGAUGUUUACACCUGCCUGCUGCACCGAUACCGCCACAUCUUGGGAUUAUGGCAGCCGGACAUCGGGCCCUACGGGGGACUGCUGAAUGUGGUGGUAGAUGGCCUGUUCAUCAUCGGGUGGAUGUACCUGCCACCUCAUGACCCUCAUGUUGAUGAUCCGAUGAGAUUCAAACCUCUCUUCAGGAUUCAUCUCAUGGAGAGAAAAUGUGCAACAGUUGAGUGUAUGUAUGGCCACAAGGGGCCUCACAAUGGUCAUAUCCAGAUCGUAAAGAAGGAUGAGUUCUCCACGAAAUGCAACCAGACAGAUCACCAUCGGAUGUCAGGGGGAAGGCAGGAGGAAUUCCGGACGUGGCUACGGGAAGAAUGGGGUCGGACUCUGGAAGACAUCUUCCACGAACACAUGCAGGAGCUCAUCUUGAUGAAGUUCAUCUACACCAGCCAAUAUGACAACUGCUUGACGUACCGACGCAUCUACCUCCCUCCUAGCAGCCCUGAUGACCUUAUAAAGCCGGGUCUCUUCAAGGGGACGUAUGGGAGCCAUGGGCUGGAGAUUGUCAUGUUGAGCUUUCAUGGAAGGAAGGCCAAGGGGACUAAAAUCACUGGAGAUCCCAACAUCCCAGCUGGGCAGCAGACCGUGGAGAUCGACCUUGCGCACCCUCUGCGGCUACCCGACAUUGAGAACCUUCGUGAUUUCAGCGAGCUCUCCCGCAUCGUCCUUGAGGUCCAGGAGCAGGUGCGUCGCGAGGAGCAGGAGGAGGAGCAGCGGCAGGAGGGAGAGGACUGCUCCCAGCAGGCUGCCUCCCAGCCUGCUGCACAGCCCCUGGGAGGAGGAGAAGGUGCCGAGGGGGAAGAGACUGCAGCUGGGGCCCAGGGGGCAGCCCAGGACAAGGCGCCAGCUUCCCAGCCUUUUGUGCUGCCCAUGGGAGUCAUAUCAAGGAACGAAGACUAUCCCCGGACCUGCCGAGUUUGUUUUUAUGGGACGGGGCUUAUUGCUGGCCAUGGCUUCACCAGCCCCGAGCGAACACCGGGUGUUUUUGUUCUCUUCGACGACGAUCGCUUUGGAUUCAUCUGGCUGGAGCUGAAGUCCUUCAGCCUCUACAGCCGGAUCAAGGUCUCCUUUCAGAACGCCGAAGCGCCUUCCCGUGAGGCUUUUGAUGAAAUGCUGAAGAAUAUUCAGUCGCUGGCUACUUGACGGGUGAUGUGUGAUGGACAGGGCUAGGGGUUGCAAAGGCUGCUGCACUCCCCAGCCAAGGAUGGGAUGGGGAUUCCUCGUUUUCGGUACCUCUGAAAAAAAGCAUGCACUUUUAAUAAAGCCUUUUUACCCCAAA